GUGUGUGAUUACUGUAUAUAAAAAAGUGUAGUAAUAAUAAUAAAUAUCAUAUAAUAAUAAUAAACACAUAAUUUUAAAUGGCAUUUGAAAUAACACACAAUCAAUGUGUUUGUUAUUUAAUUGUAUUCAAUGAAUGCAAACAAAUAGUUGUAAUAUUUUAAUAAAACACAUUAAUUAUAAUUAAUUUGGUGACAAAACAUUACUUUGUGACUAUUGUUUAUUUAUUUUUUUUUAAAAUAAUUAUCAAAUAGUCAGUGAUAUUUGCAAACAUUAUUAUUAUUGCUAACCGAUUGUAUGGUAAACAUAAAAACAAAUGUCGUUUAGUUUGUUAUUAUUUGGACAACAAUUGUUGAGACAAAUAAUGGUUUGAUAGGAAGUCAACGAUUUUAUCAUUUAUUAUUGUACAACACGUGUUUGUGUCUAAGCGUUUGAUCAUAAAAUCAAUCAAAUGGUCGCAUCGUUUGCCAACAGAUCCCAAACACUGGUUUAUAUAAGCAGUUGUUGUUCGACUACAAGAAGUAGCGAAUCGAUCGGUCGUCGAGUUAAUCGCCAGUAGUGUAUCGUCGUCUGUGUAUUUAAUGAGACAAUUGUUGGCCACCGAAUCUGUUGGUCACAAUUGUCUGACAAAAGUAAUGGGAAUGUCUCACGAAAUUAAUGGCAAUAAUUGUUUUUUGACGGCUAAUUCGCUACAAAUAUCAUCGAUGGCCAACUGUGGCGGCAGUGAUACUCUUGUGCUGAACACAAACUCUGUUCAAAAUAUGUCACAAUUAAUGACUGGAAUUGAAUUGAAUUCUUUCAAUACAACAUUUAAUACAUUAGAUCUAAACAAUUCAGUUAUUAUCAAUACCAACGACUUGUCUAAUGAAACGUCUGGCCAACAGAUACUACUGGUCUCAUCACCGGUUGAAGUGAUGACUGUACCUCAACAGACACUCAUUGCAAAGCCAUCCCUACAGCCGAGCGUUCAAAUGGUUUUACAGCCAACGAACUUACCUCUGGUGACGAGCGGACAACAACUCAAUGUAAUACAAGUGCCAACCAAUCUAUUGCUGACAGACAAUAAUGUAAUAGUUAUACCACAAGAUGGCUUGACAUUGGAAGUGCCAACAGUUGAUGCUAAUGUCUCUCAGCAGACAUUAGUUGAUAACCAAAUGGUUUUUGAAAGCGAUAGUCAAACACUUGUAUAUAACGGUUCGCAGCAAUUAUUUAGUUGCUAUAAUAAUCAAAAUGUCGAUCACUUAGUGGUUAAUCUAAACGAUUGUAUUGCCAUUAAUACCAUCAACGACAAGGUUAUUAGCCAGAGUCCCGAUGGAACUCAAUUUUUUCAGAACAAUCAGAUUAUCGGCAUUAUUGAUGGCAAUACAGUUGAGACCAAAGUGGAUAUGAAUGAUGAUUUGAAUACAUUUUUGGCAACAGCUAUGACAUCUAUUGAACCUCAAGAGGCUGCCGAUUCAAAUGAAGCCAAGAGUUGGCUAAAUGAUAGUCUAAUUGCCUAUCGAGCUAUGGCUGCGUUCAAGAAAGCGAUGCCCAACGACACUCCCAGUCCGACCAGUGGUAUUCAAAUGCCUGUCCAAAAGCAUCACUUCAGUGAAUAAGUGAUUCUGUGUGACAUCAACUUCAAUGUAAAUGCCGGUCGUCGAUAUCUAUGACAAUAACUAACCAAAUUAGAAAUUGAAGAUAUUUUUUAAUAAUAAUAAUAAUGUGACCCUUAUUUACUGUGAUAAAUGAUUAACUGUAUUAAAGUCAAUGUCACUAAAGUAGGUAAUUGUUUGCUUGAUUUUUAACUAACAAAUGAUAUCAUUAUUUUUAUGACAAAAAAUGAUAAUUAAAGCCUUAUGAUAUAAAGUUUUUAAUUGACAUCGAGAGUAAUUGUCGUACCAAUUAGUUUGAUAUAGUAAAUCAAUUAAGAUAUUCAAAUAUAAAUAAAUAUAUAUAUAUAGUAAUAACACACUAAUAUGAUUAUCAAAACUAAUAUUUAGUUGAUAUCACCUGCAAAAACAAUAUAUAGCAAAUUGAAAUCAUUAAUUAAUUAAUAUAUUUUGCAAUUAGUAUCUCAAACUCAAC